AUGGCUAACUAUUCCGUCACCAAGCUAUUCCAUGACGAAUGGAGGUCAUCCCGGUUGGCAGCUCUUUUCGCUAUCCUAUUCAUUAUAACCUUAUUGAUUGCUAUAUCUUUCAUCACUAUUAUCGCUUUGUUAUCAGACGGAUUUUCCACUUUAACAGCCAAUCAAAAUUGCUCAACAAGUACAACUCCGUCUCCAAAUGCAUCCAGUUUUCGAAUGUUCACAAAUGGGUCCUACUGUAACUCACCAGAAUGCAUACGACUUGCUGCUAAUUAUUUAAACAAUAUGAACACGGCAGUAAACCCUUGCUCAGAUUUCUACGAGUUUGCCUGUGGAAGAUAUUCAACUCAUAAGAUUGUUCCUCUACACGAGAAGAAAGUAACAAUUUUGAGUGAAAUGAAACAGGAUCUGGAUCGUCAUCUUAGAGAUAUUCUGGAAAAGUCACCCCGUGAUAACGCCACAAGAUCUAUGAAAUUGUCACAGAUAUAUUACGAUUCAUGUAUGGAUGAAGAAGCUCAGGAAGAAAUGAACACAUUACCUCUGACAUCUUUGAUUUCACAUUUGGGUGGCUGGGAAUUGUUAACGAAUGCUCGUUUUGAUUCUAAUGAUUACCAUUGGGAAACACUAGGUGGUCAUUUAUCAUUAUAUGGAGUAGAUGGACUGUUCCGAAUCUUUGUUCAUAACAGCUUUGUUGACAGCAAAAACCAAAUGCUCAUGUUUUCACCACCACGGUUAUUCUUGGAGAAGAAGAAGUUCUAUAGAGAAGCCCCAGCAGGCAAUGUCUAUUUGGGAUACUACAGAAAGUAUAUACUUAGCUUGUUAGAAUUAUUAGGUGUUGAUAUGGAAGAUGAGUCUGGAGUCAUAGAAUAUCAAGUGAAUGAUAUAAUCGACUUUGAACGCAGGAUAGCUAAUCUGACUCGAAUAGAAAAUUCUCGGAAUCACACUUCUAUUAACAACGUCAUGAAGUACGGAGAAUUCAAGAAACGUUAUCAUCAGAUUGACUGGGAUUUAUUUUUCAAUUCCGAGCUUCGAAGCCAUGUUGGAAUACUGUCUGACAACCUGCUUAUUAAUGUCGUUGAUACAAGUUACUUUGACAACAUAUCUGCCUUAAUCAAAUCCAAGCCUCUAAGCUCUGUGAACAACUAUCUGAUGUGGAGGCUGGUCUCGACCUUUGAUACAUAUCUCCCACCUAAAUAUCGAAUCCCUUAUCAAGAAUUCAGGUCGAAGAUGUAUGGAGUAACAGCUGAAAUUCCUUUAUGGGAAAAAUGUGUUAAAGAAGUUCGAGAGCAUUUAGCGAUGCCUUUGUCGACUGCUUACGCUCAUCUGUAUUUUACUUUGGAUGAUCGACAGAAGGCUGAGGAAAUGAUCGCUGACUUACGGCAGUCAAUGGAGCAAACGGUUCUCAAUGCUGACUGGAUUGAUGAAGGAACUCGUCAUGCCGCCCUGAGGAAAAUUGAGAAAAUGAAAUACAAAAUCGGUUUUCCGGAUUCUCUUCUGAAUGAGACAUCCGUUUUAAUGCCAUUCGCCGGAGUAAGAUUGACGGGCAAUCAAUUUUUUGAAAACGCUUUGACUCUCAAAAAAACGGCUGUCAGAGAGAUUCUAGCAAAAGCUAAACGAGCACCUUCAGAAGAGGAGUGGGCUUCUCCCAUAAUUGCCGUAGAUGCUUUCCAUUUCUUUACAGGAAAUGAAAUCAUUUUUCCGGCUGGCAUAUUGCAGUUCCCCAUGUUCGUUCCCGACGCUCCGUCAUUUGCCAAUUAUGGUUCGAUAGGAAUGGGUAUCGGACACGAGAUCACUCAUGGAUAUGAUGAUUUGGGUGCCCAAUAUGACGAUUAUGGUAACUUACGCAACUGGUGGGGUGAGGAGACCAUGACAACCUUCCAGAAGAAGAAACAGUGCUUCAUAGCUCAGUAUGGCAAUAAGAUUGAGCCGACUACUGAACGAAGGGCAGACGGACGCAUAACUAUAGGAGAGAAUAUUGCCGAUAAUGGAGGACUCCGAAUUGCUUAUGAGGCUUAUCAGAGGAAGUUGGCACGAGAGAAAGAACUUCGUACAUUACCUGGAUUAUCUCAAUUCAGCCAAAAUCAAUUAUUCUUUUUGGCUUACGCUAACACUUGGUGUGAAUCACUGAAAUCCUCAGCAAUAGAAUACUUGAUUGACACAGAUGUGCAUUCACUUGGAAUGUUUAGAGUAAACGUUCCUCUCCAGAACUUUCCGGCAUUUUCGAAAGCGUUUGAAUGUCCAAUCGGAAGUGGAAUGAAUCCAUUUGAGAAAUGUCGUAUUUGGUAG